AUGCUUCAUCACUUCAACUCGAACGCACCAAUCAGCGUAGCCGUCGAGGCCCCGGAAAACGCAAUCGGCGCUGUUCUAGGGCAGUUUUCCCAAGAUCACAAACCACUCGUCCAUGCCUCCCUAAACCCUUCGCCCUGUCACCCUUCGCGUGAGGUUUAUCAUCUGGAUUUUGUCUCUCAGUUUUCAACGGACGUCCAACAAGUGUCUGGCAAAGACGACGUCGUGGCGGACACGUUUUCAAGCUUAAUCACCCUUUCUCCCACUGAUCAGUCGUUCGAUCUGUCAGCUAUGGCCGCUGCUCAGCAAGCCGAAAAAGACUUAAUUCAUCCUGCGAAGUGUCCAUGA